AUGAAAAUAAGAUUCUUUUUUCGGGCAAUAUUGUUGUCGCCAUUCUCGUUGCUAACUCGCGCUGUCAAUCCUGUUUUUACUGUCGCAUAUGAGGCCUCGGAUGAGGCUGCUUCUUACAUUGUAAGAGGCACCGACCAAAUCCAGUUCAGUUUAUUUCAUUUUUGUGAUUGUGAAGCUGAUGACUCUGAUAUCGUCAAUAUGGAGGCUAAAUUCGACGAUGCUUGGAAUGCAAUUUCCGAGAUACCUGCUGCUGAUACACCCAUUCCCACUUUCGACAUCGUCAUUGUUGUUUCAUCCUUCUGGUCGGAGGGCUGA